AUGGGGGUCUGUGGGUACCUGUUCCUGCCGUGGAAGUGCCUCGUGGUCGUGUCUCUCAGGCUGCUGUUCCUUGUACCCACAGGAGUGCCGGUGCGCAGCGGAGAUGCCACUUUCCCCAAAGCUAUGGACAACGUGACGGUCCGGCAGGGGGAGAGCGCCACCCUCAGGUGCACAAUUGACAACCGGGUCACCCGGGUGGCCUGGCUAAACCGCAGCACCAUCCUCUAUGCUGGGAAUGACAAGUGGUGCCUGGACCCACGCGUGGUCCUUCUGAGCAACACCCAAACCCAGUACAGCAUCGAGAUCCAGAACGUGGAUGUGUAUGACGAAGGCCCAUACACCUGCUCUGUGCAGACGGACAACCACCCAAAGACCUCACGAGUCCACCUCAUUGUGCAAGUAUCUCCCAAAAUUGUAGAGAUUUCUUCAGAUAUCUCCAUUAAUGAAGGGAACAAUAUCAGCCUCACCUGCAUAGCAACAGGCAGACCAGAGCCUACGGUUACCUGGAGACACAUCUCCCCCAAAGCGGUGGGCUUUGUGAGUGAAGAUGAAUACUUGGAAAUCCAGGGCAUCACGCGGGAGCAGUCGGGGGACUAUGAGUGCAGCGCCUCCAAUGAUGUGGCCGCACCAGUGGUACGGAGAGUGAAGGUCACCGUAAACUAUCCACCAUACAUUUCAGAAGCUAAGGGUACAGGCGUUCCCGUGGGACAAAAGGGGACACUGCAGUGUGAAGCUUCAGCAGUUCCCUCGGCAGAAUUCCAUUGGUACAAGGAUGACAAAAGACUGGUUGAAGGAAAGAAGGGGGUCAAAGUGGAAAACAGACCUUUCCUCUCAAAACUCAUCUUCUUCAAUGUCUCUGAACAUGACUAUGGGAACUACACUUGUGUGGCCUCCAAUAAGUUGGGCCACACCAAUGCCAGCAUCACACUAUUUGAACUAAAUGAGCCUACAAGCUCAACUUUGUUGCAAGAAGUGAAAACUACAGCUCUGACCACUUGGAAAGGCCCGGGUGCAGUCAGCGAAGUGAACAACGGGACGUCGAGGAGGGCAGGCUGCAUUUGGCUGCUACCUCUUCUGGUCUUGCACCGACUCCUCAAGUUUUGAUGUGAGUGCCACUCUCCCGCUGGGGAAAUGCUGCCGCCACUCCACCCACCAACAGAAGAGCAAAGCAACUCCGACAGCAGCAAGAGCAAACCCGUUUCUAAAUACAACACCAUCAAAUGAAAUUCCAAGAAACAGAGCCCAAUGGGACACAAAUUCGAGGGAGGGGACAAAGAAUACUUUGGGAAAACAAGUUUAAAAAUGAAAUUCAAAGUCGCCUUGCAGAUAUGUAGGUAGAGCUGAGUUUUCUUUCUUUUCCUAAAUGGAAGAACGCACACCUGGCUUUGGACCCACCUGCAAGCUGCAUUGCGUGACCUCUUUGUUACCAGGUGGGCGAGGGCUCAGCCGCUCUGCCCGCUAAAGUGCCCCACCAAGGAAAAUUUUGCAGUCGGGCAUCCCAAAUUCAAUCAGUCCAUAGAGACGAACACAGUGAGACGUGCGGGCCCACAUGUGCCCCUGCGGCCCCUUUCGUAGACUGUGCACUAUUGUGUGUGUUACGAAACGCAAAAUUUAAAAAAAAUAAAGAAAAAGGAAACUAAACAAGACAGCCUGACAGCUACAACAAUCCCACAAUCAACAGUCACAAAAGAUGUUGUUAAACUUUUUUUUUCAUUUUACUACAUGGACAUCGUGGAUAAUAAGGGAUUCUGAUUCAUUAUUAAUUUUAUUAAUUAUAUUUUCUGAUAUGAGUCUAGAACUUAGUGCAAAAACAAGACAAAACUAAAAAAAUACACAAAUGAAAGGAGUGAAGAGGAGUAUGUUUGUUAAACAUUAAAAAUGAAUAGUGUACUUCUUAACUAGGUUUACAACUGGUGGACCACACACCGGGCAUUAACCACCUGGUGAGGAUUUGGCAAAUCCACCAAAAAAACACAUGCGAUUUAACCAACAUCUCCACCAGCGCUACAGAUUUCUCCUUAUUCUGGCAUUUACUGCAGACAAUACUAUGCUUCCUCACGCUGUUUAGAAAUGGAAGGGUGAUCUGCACUGUAUCUUCAGUUUGUUGGCUAU